GCCGGGCCCGAGCGGCCGCUUUAAGCGCGGCCGGGCGCGCGCCCGCAGGUGCGGCCCCCAGGCCCUCGGCGCGCGGCGGGCGGGCGGCGCGCGGCGAGCGUCCUGCGGGGAGGCCGCCCGGGGCGGCACCUGGACGACGCGCCAUGGCGGCCCCAGUGAGCGGCGGGGGGCUCGGCGCCGCCGGAGGCCAGGCAAAAAUAGACCUCUUACUAGUCGGCGAUGUCAGUGUCCAGUACCUGGCCGAUAGUAUACAGAAAUUCUUCUCGAAUGUAGCAGAAGUCACUGUGACCGUCAGUGAUGUCAAGAAGGCAGCAGCAUUUCUGGAUAAGGGCACGUUCAACAUCGUCUUCCUGAAGAUGGCUUCUCUGCCAGCUGCCGAGGGGCUGGAAGCUGUCAAAUUAACCAGAUUUGGCAAGAAGAAAAAUACAGAUUUGCUGUUUGUUUUUAUAAUCCCUGAAAAUUUUAAAGGUUUUAUUUCAGGGCACAGAGCUGAAAUUACUCUAAUGGAACCAGUGACAGUGGAAAAAAUGAAUAUUGUGUUAAAGUACUGGAAAACCUGUUUCUCCAAUACUGUUCAGAAUGAAAACUCUGUGAAGCCUGAAGACUGUGGAUUGCCCCAGUACAAACCCUGCAGUGAACACCGAGGGCAUUAUUCCACCGAUCUGUUUGCCUGCCCUGAAUCUCUAGGAAAUGACAUUGGGCUUGAAUUAAAGGCUCCGUUGUCAGAUUUUGAGAAAAGCCAAAGGAUUUCUCUUCUUCAUUCAAGCAAGGAAAAGCUGAGAAGAGAACGAAUCAAGCACUGCUGUGAGCAGCUGCGCGCUCUGCUGCCAUAUGCAAAGGGGAGAAAGAACGACGCGGCUUCCAUUCUUGAGGCCACAGUGGAUUAUGUGAAGUACAUCCGGGAGAAAAUCCCUCCAGCUGUUAUGAGCCAGAUCACAGAAGCGCUUCAGAGCAACGGGAGGUUUUGUAAGAGGCAGAUGCCCGUCCAUCUACCCUUCCCAGGCACAGUCAUGGCACAGAGGGAAAAUAGUGUGUUGACCAGCACUUAUUCACCUGCGAGAGGGAUCAGCUUCCUGGCUAAUAAGUGCUUCAAUGUCUACUCUGUCCCUGCCCCCGGGGGCUCCGUGGAGGAAGCCGUGAGAGGUCAGUGCAGCUCCACUUCAGAGACCACUAUUGGUGAUAUGCAUAAACCUCAAAUUCCCAGCCCGGCGCUCUCUCUCAGUACCUUCCAUGCCGUCAGAUAUUACUCCAGAGUCAGCCCUGCCUACGACGCUACAGUGGCAAAUCAGAGCAGUUCAGUCCAUUUUCCAUCGGCCACACCCGGAGUCCCCACGUCCCGGCCUCAGCACUGCAAUGCUGUGCCAGGCCAGAUGGGCACAGAACAGCCCAACUGUCCGCCACAGUUUUGGGCAUAUUAAUAGCACAUGAUCUGAAAGUCACACUCUAAACCGCCUAUUGGGCGCAGUUUGGCAAUGCAGGAAGAAUGGAACAAAGAAUGGUUUUGAAAGCUGCACCCAGAGACCUAAUAUCAAAAGCGUCUGUGCUGUACGGCUUCUGAUAAAGGGGCCGAAAGCUUCGCAGAUAGACGGGCAGCAGAGGUGCUGAUCACACACUUGCCUUUAUCUUCAUACACACUCGGUUCUCCCCCAACAAGAACAGAUGGCUGGUAACCUCAGUUCCCUUGUUUUUCCUAAAAAAAAUAUCGAAAUCACCAUUUUUGAUAAAAGCACACUUUUUCAUGGGAGAGGCAUCGGCACCCCAAAGUUCACUGAGUGUAGAUUUUGCAACUUGAUUCUUAUCUUUUGUAUCACUGUGAAUUACUGCCCCGUAUUUCUAGGUGGUGUAUUUUCUAGAUUUGACAUUUUAGAGAGCUUCCUUCGUUAUGCACCACCCAAACGAUGAUAUCUUAGUUUGAGAGAGGUGUUACCUCCUCCCUGAACUACUGACAGAUACGUUGACAUGUUUGUUUCUGCAUUUCAUAAUCCCUUGAGUUGCAUAAUAGCUCACAGGUAAAUUUUCUCCCUGGACAUUUAGUUACAGACUAGCCGGUCUUUGUUUUUCAUUUUCUCCUCCUCCUGGGUAUUAGAAAAGACUGUUGAAACUAAGAGGAGAAAAACGUUUGUUUUAUAUUUCACCAAAAUGUUCUUAUGCAUAAAUUUUAUUAAAGAAAGUGGUAGGUUUUGACCCUGAACAAUGAUAGUCCAUUUUUGUUUUGUUUAAUAAGCAUGUGUUCCCUUUUAGUAGUGCUAUGUAGGGAAUUUAAUUUUACUAGGUUUUUGAGAAGUUUAAAAAUCACUUUAGGCAUAGCCUAGUUUUCAUACAGAGUUGUAUACCUUUCCUCUCAGGAUGCCAUGAUGAUGGAUUCUGUAGAUGUCUGACAAACUUUAUAAAGGAGCUGAAAGUUUCCAAUAAGAUUCUAUGCUUAUUA